GGAAGAUUGUCUCCUCUUUCAUUUCGAAAAUGGGGGUUUCUAAUUGGCUUCUGAUCGGUGCUGCUAUUGCCGUAACGUUGUUAAUUGCUCAAGCAAUAAGGUUACUGUUACUGGUAAUCAAUGGCCGGAGAAACAGAAAGAAGGCUGUCGGGAUCUUCCACCCAUACACCAACGACGGAGGUGGUGGAGAACGAGUCUUGUGGUGUGCCGUCAAAGCUAUCCAAGAUGAAAACCCAAAUCUAGAUUGUGUAAUAUAUACAGGAGAUUUCGAUGCUUCUCCUCACAGUCUUACUGCUCGUGCCCUUGAUCGAUUUGGAGUCAAAUUAAUCCACCCUCCUAAGGUGGUCCAUUUGCAUAGGAGAAAGUGGGUCGAAGAAACCACUUACCCUCGUUUCACAAUGAUUGGUCAAAGCCUUGGAUCAAUUUACCUUGCUUGGGAAGCUUUGUGCAAAUAUACACCCUUAUAUUACUUUGAUACCAGUGGAUAUGCUUUUACUUAUCCAGUUGCUCGUAUAUUUGGAUGCAAAGUUAUUUCCUAUACUCAUUAUCCAACUAUCAGUUUAGACAUGCUGUCCCGUGUUCGUGGGCGCAGUUCAAUGUACAACAAUGAUUCCUUUAUUGCCAAGAGUGCAAUACUAUCCCGGUUCAAGGUCAUUUAUUAUGCAUUAUUUGCCUGGCUGUACAGUAUCGUUGGUUCUUGUGCACACCUUGCAAUGGUUAAUUCUUCAUGGACUCAAUCUCAUAUUGAGAAGCUGUGGGGAAUACCAGCUCGAAUUAGGCGUGUGUAUCCUCCUUGUGAUACUUCUGGGCUUCAGGUGCUUCCGCUGGAAAAGUCAAUGAAGCCUCCGAAGAUAGUAUCUGUCGCUCAGUUCCGUCCAGAGAAGGCACACCCACUCCAACUUGAGGCAUUUGCAGUUGCCAUAAAAAAGUUAGACCAAGAUCUGCCAAGGCCGAAAAUCCAACUAGUGGGUAGUUGUAGGAAUGAAGCGGAUGAGAAAAGGUUGCAAAAUUUGAAGGAUCUAGCUAUUAAAUUGAAUGUGGAUGAUCAUGUUGAGUUCCACAAGAAUGUCUUGUACAGUGAUUUGGUCAGGCUUCUGGGUGGUGCUGUAGCUGGAAUCCAUUCCAUGACAGAUGAGCACUUCGGCAUAAGUGUAGUGGAAUACAUGGCUGCUGGCGCUAUACCAAUUGCUCAUAAUUCAGCUGGUCCAAGGAUGGAUAUUGUGUUACCAGAAGAUGGAAAGCAGACUGGAUUUCUUGCCGAGAGCGUAGAGGAAUUUGCUGAAGCCAUCAUUGAAGUCAUUAAGAUGCCAGAAAAUGAGAGGUUGGACAUGGCUGCUGCUGCAAGGAAACGAGCCUCCAUGUUCUCAGAGCAAAGGUUUUAUGAGGAUUUUAAGGCUGCUGUACGACCAAUCUUUUACAAUGAUAGUAAAUGAUUACAAAAUCUUUGUUUUCAUAAAUACAAGAGAUCAAUUUUGUUCACCAUAAUUAGACUUAAUCUUAUCUUUUUUUUCUU